AUGUUGUUGCCAAAAGGGGGAGUGAAUUGGAAGUCCGCGAGGGCAGGCUUACCCCCAUGGAGGGCUGUCCUCGUUCUCCUGACGCGAACUCGCUUUCUGGUCUCUAUUGCCGUCACAGGUCUCAUCAUCCUGCUGUGGCGUGGGGUCAGCAAGUCUGCCUCUGAAAUGCAAAACUUCUACUGUUACGGAUCCUCCAAGUCGCCCAUGGAGAUGUCCCUCAAUGAGAUGGUCGCGUGGAACGCCCACUCUCAGACACCUGUUCUAUUCAAUCACCACGAACCCCUCGAGGUCAACAGCACCUCCAUCUCGGAAGUGGACCUGAACCCCAUCAAGUCCACUAACAAAGCCUUCUUCAACCGCGAGCGCGUUCUCAUUUUGACCCCUCUGCGUGACGCCGCUCCCUACCUCGAGCAAUACUUCAACCUUCUCUACAAGUUGACCUAUCCCCACGAAUUAAUUGAUCUGGCCUUCCUCGUCGGCGAUUCCAAAGAUGAGACCCUUGCCACCCUGGCCGCUGAACUCGACCGCAUCCAAAACCACGCCGAUGAAAAAGUCCGCUUCCGCAGCGCAACGGUCAUCAAGAAGGACUUUGGCGCCGAGAUCGAGAUGACUGUGGAGGAGCGACACUCCUUUGCCGCUCAAGGACCCCGUCGCAAAGCUAUCGGUCGCGCUCGCAACUAUCUCCUUUACUCCGCCUUGAAGCCCGAUCACUCUUGGGUUUACUGGCGCGAUGUGGACAUCACCGAUUGCCCCGAGCGCAUUUUGGAAGAUUUCAUGGCCCACGACAAGGACAUCCUGGUGCCCAAUAUCUGGUUCCACCGUUAUCGUGAUGGUCAUGACAUUGAGGGUCGCUUCGACUACAACUCUUGGAUCGAGUCCGACAAGGCCCGCCGCCUGCGCAAGACUCUCGACCCCGAUACUAUUCUCGCCGAGGGUUAUAAGGAGUAUGAUACUGGCCGUACCUACUUGGUCAGUAUGGGCGACUGGAGAAAGAACAAGGAUGAGGAGGUUGAGCUGGACGGUAUUGGUGGUGUCAACAUUCUCGUUAAGGCCGAUGUGCAUCGUUCUGGUAUCAACUUCCCUGCGUACUCCUUUGAGAACCAGGCCGAAACGGAAGGGUUUGCCAAGAUGGCCAAGCGUGCGGGUUACCAAGUCAUUGGUCUCCCUAACUAUGUGGUCUGGCACAUCGAUACCGAUGAGAAGCCUGGCAACUUAGGAGACCGCAAGGCCUACUAA